CAACUUGAACUAGCACUUGUUUGUUUCUCAUCUGCCCUUUCAUUUCUCCUUCUCUCUCUCAAUCAAUUCUUUUUAUCUUUUUCAGUUAAAAACUUUUGUACAGCUUUUAAUUUCUUGAUCUCUGUCCAAUCUUUGAGCUUUGCAAGUUUCAUGGAAGGUUCUUCACUGGACUCUAAAGAUUCUGACCUUAAAUCAGAAACUCAGCCUUCUAAAAGAAGGAAGGUUGCUGAGAAGAGUGUUGUGACUGUGAAGAUUGAAGAGAAUGGUGGUGGAAAGCUGAAGAAUGAUGGGCCACCUUCUGAUUUGUGGUCUUGGAGGAAAUAUGGACAGAAACCAAUUAAAGGGUCUCCUUAUCCAAGGGGAUAUUACAGGUGCAGCACAUCAAAAGGCUGUUCAGCCAAAAAACAAGUAGAGAGAUGCAGAACAGAUGCAUCCCUGCUAAUCAUCACUUACACUUGCAGCCAUAAUCACCCCGGCCCUGAUCUUGAUCUUCACAACCAAAACCCGAACCAACAACCCGAAAAAGAGUCCCAACCAAAACCAAGCUCUGACGAUCAAGAUCAAGAAGAUGACGAAAUUGAGAAUAAUCAAGAUCAACAACAACCCACUGAAGCAAUCUGUAAAGAUCAAGAUCAAGCUCACAAUUUUCACUACUUACCCCCAAUAAACUGUUCUGAUCAAGAUCACCACCAUUUUAUCAUAGAGAAUCCUUCUGAUCAGAAGAGUCAUAACACACUGAGUGUUGUCUUGGAUGAAGAAGAGCCCAUUUCUUGUCCUACAUUGAUGACAUUUGCAACGCCAAAAUCAGAAGAAAAUGAUUUCUUUGAUGAGCUUGAAGAACUGCCCACUUAUUCAUUUUUCACUAGCUUCAUGAGAAGUAAUUUUUUCGAUGAAAGGAUUCCUGUUGUCCCUUCUUGAUCUUAGUCUUCUUUUUGGAGGCUUGUAGCCUUGAAAUAUGUACUUAACAAUGUUGAUAUAUAAUAUAUGUAAAAAUUGCCACUAACAACAUACUUGCCAAGUUUUCAUUCU